AUGCCUCCUCCUACGAAUGAACAGCACGCGAAAGAGAAGAAAAGAGCACGACGACGCAAACAACCAGGCUCCAACAUCGUUCUACAUGAACAAGCUGCCGUUAGAUCUAGCCGGGUACCUCUCUUGGAUCCUGCUGCUCCAGAUCUAUUUGUGGCCUCAGCUUUUGAUUCCAGCACAUCAUACGACAAACAAGCGUCAGACAUCAUUACCAACUACAAAACACCUCAAGCAAAACGCAUGUUCAACAUUAUGGCAGAUGAUGUGAAGAAAUGUUGCGAAGAACUACUUGUGCAGGAAAAGGAGGUCAACGGAGAAACCAGAUGCGCAAUCUAG